CGUUUUGUAUCUGUAGUAAUUUUAAUGCAGAAGAUAUUGAGGUUAUUUAUGUUUUGGUUUUGAUUUCAUGAAAAUAAUUCAGAAAACAAUCAGUAAAGUGUGAAUAUAACAUACUAUUAUUGAAUAAACUGUAGCCUGUACCACUCCAUGUGUUAUUAAGUGUGAAUAUGGCUUUACUUCAAUCUAAUUUAGUUAUAAACAUACUCAACCAUAGUAUCCGUAAAUAUUCAGUUUUAUGUUCAGUAUAUUCUAGCAGAACUCUUUUAAACCGUUCUAAACAAUGCCAAUUUAUACCUGACCGAUGCUUAUUUUGGGAAAAGGAAAGAAAAGGAGGUUACAAUACCACGAUAAAAACACCAAUAUUAGACCAAAUAAAAAAUGGGUUUAAAGAAUUAAAAUCUGAAACUAUUCUAUUUACUAAGGAAGUUAAAGAACUUGUGGAAAUGGAUCCGUUACUUGUUGCUAGACCUGGUGAGACCGACCUGGUGUGGUGUUUCAACGACGCGAGCGUCUUGGACAAGUUCGUGGCGACCAGCGACAGCGACCACAACGAGGGGUUCAGCUCAUGCAAGCUGGAGCCGAGCCCGGCGGGGCGCGCGCUGUUCCACGGCCACCUAGACCUGAGAGUGCCAAAGGACGGACGCAUCAAGAAGGCCGGCUAUUGCGCUAUUCGCUCCAAGCGGGUUCGGAAAUCCUUCAAGCGCGAGUCGACCUUCGACUGGAACCUGUACAACACGCUGGUGCUGAAGGUGCGCGGCGACGGGCGCUCCUACCUGCUGAACCUGUCCACGGAGGGCUACUACGACAUCACGUGGAACGACAUCUACCACUAUGUGCUGUUCACACGCGGCGGGCCCUACUGGCAGGUCGCUAAGAUACCAUUUUCUAAGUUCAUCUUAGGCUCGAAGGGUCGAGUGCAGGACAAACAGACGAGGAUACGGCUGGACAAAGUUACACACUUCGGAAUCUCGUGCGGGGAUAAAAUCCCUGGGCCUUUCAAUUUGGAAAUAGAAUAUGUUGGUUUAGAGUUGGACCCCAGCCAUGAUGAAGAAUUCGCCUACGAGAUGUACAAAACUGACAAGUACAUUGUGGGUGUUUAGUGAAAAAACACAGUUAUAUGCAUUGUAAAUUAUUAAAAACACAGAAAGUGUUUGCCAUAUCUACUUUUUAAAGUACUUAUCUAUUAGAAAAAUAUAUAUUAUAUAAAAACAA